AUGUCGCUCAAGGCCAUCGAGAAGCAUGCUGCGCAAAGACGGCAGGUGUAUAAGCCUGUGCUAGACAACCCGUUCACGAAUGAGGCGCAUCUGUGGCCGCACGUCACGGAGCAGCAGUUUGUGUGGGAUUUGGUGCAGGCUACAGUUCUGUCGAAAAUUGGGAAUUUCAGCGAGGUGGCCAAGGACCAAUGGCCGUGGGACCUCUCUGUGGAAUACAACGAGAUUGUGCGGUUUCUCGAGUCGCAGAGCGCGGAAGUUUUUCUCUUCGCCUGCAACAGAGACGCGAUGGUGUCGAGUGUCCUGCUUCAGCAGGUCCCGCUGAUGUGCCAAAUGUCUGAGUGCGAAGUGACGCUGGUGCAGCUUCCGAAGGGCUCGCUGCAAGUUCUGCAGAGGUGCUUGCCAGCUGCCAAAGACGGCUUGCUGAUGCUACAAUGCAACAAGAAACUAAACUGCAAUUUUGUAGCACAGAUCAAGACGCGGGUCGACAAGCUGCAGUUUCCGUGGCUAGACUCGGUCAAAUAUCGUCCUACCAGUAUAGGGCUCGUCAGGACCACUGUACCCUUGGCGAAGGGGAAGGCAAAGGCCAAGCGUAGCGACAAGGGCAUCACUAAAGACAAGGCUGAGAGGAAAAGCUAA